UGUGUGUGUAUGAAUGAGAGCGCGUCCCUGCCAUGUCGACAUCCGGAGCUCUGACAGGAUAUUAUGUUGACUCUCUUGUUAUGCCGGACAACGAGGAGAAUCGCUUCUCCUCAGGUUCAGGACUCAUUCAGCACAGGCCCUCCGUUCUACCCACAGACCAUACAGAGAUCGGUCCCUGCACAUUCCCGGCAAAGCAACCCGUUUAUGGUGGCUCGGGUUGGGGCCACAUCCCAACGCAUUACUCCAGCGGUGUACCGUCAGUAUAUCAGCCGCAUACGCAACCUCCAGUAGCUGGGGAUUAUGUGCAGUCUUGGCUUUUGGACUCAGCAUGUGGGCUGCCACUCUCUGAGGUACCGACAGUACAUCACUAUCAUGCCAAACCUGAUACAAAUAGAACGAAUGAUAACGGCACAGAGGCCAGUUUACAUGCCGUACUCCCUUCUGGAGUCUUCACUAACGGAGGAUGUUCUACCAACACUGAGACAGUAUCUGGCCGGACUGCUGACAAAGGAGGCGAUAUAGAGGAGAAACCGGGCGCUGAUCCAGUUAAAGGCUGUAAAAUCGUGGGAAAUAGGAUAUUCACUUCCGUUUAGGCGUGAUUG